AUGAAUGAAAUUUUAGUUAUUAAAAAAUAUUAUUCAUAUAUAGUUACACUGACUGAUAUAAAUUUUAAUUUAUAUAAUGUACCAUCAUUAUUACGUUGUGAAAAAAAUGGACCGCUGUAUUAUUUUAAUAGAUUUCCAAGUGAUGAAGAAUUUGAUAAGAUUUUAAAGACAAGAAAUAUUCCAUGUGAUUUAUCAUUAACACGAACUUAUCAUCGUGCUAUUAUUUCAAUAGAUAAAUUAGAUUUAUUAUGUGAACAUUUUAAUAAAACACAACAUGCCAAUGAAUUUCUUUUUUUUUCAACAAAAUGUUCUGUUGAUUUAUGUAAAAGAUUUCUACCAUCAUCAACAAUAAUUAUUACUGAAUUUGAGAAAGGAAAUGUAAAUAUAGAACGAAUAGAUGUAGUUAUUCAGAUUAAUUAUUCGACUCAACUAAUUAUUGGUCAAUUAACCAAUUAUUAUCCAUCUGAAACUGAAGAUCCAUUAGAUCAUAAUAUGAUUUAUCGAGCUGUUCAAGAAUUUCAACAAGCAAAUCCAACAGCAGAUCGUAUCUUAUUAAGAAAAUUUGAUCUGAAUCUAGAUAAUUCUUCGUUAUCAUUAAAUCAAACUAAUAUUGAUCCAUCCAAAACUUCUACAUCUAUAUUAUUGAUUUUCAUUUGUUCAAUAAGUAUUUGUGGAAUUUAUUAUUGUUGUAAAAAUAAAUCGACUAAUCAAUUAACAAACAAUACUAAUCGAUCAUCUAAAGAAUCUCAAGAUUCACAAGAAACAUUAGAAGACAUCUACAUUGACUGA